AUGGCGAUAUUCUCUUUGUCAUCAUCCAACACCGGAUUAACGUUAAAGAUGGAAGGGAAUUGUAUUCCUAGGUUGUGCGUACUGAUGCUAACCAUGCUAACUUGCUUUGCUACAAUCAAAGCCACUGAAUCAGACAUCAGUUGCCUAAGAUCUAUCAAGGAAUCGCUGGAAGACCCUUCGGGUUUUCUUUCUAACUGGAAUUUCAGCAACAAUUCCGCAGGUUUCAUCUGCAGGUUUACUGGUGUUGAAUGCUGGCGCCCUACUGAGAACAAGGUUUUCCAUAUUCGGCUACCAGGCAUGAGACUCAGAGGACCAUUUCCAAUGGGGAUAAGAAACUGUGACAGCUUGAUAGGAUUAAAUCUGUCCAACAACUACCUUUCAGGACCCAUUCCUUCUAACAUAUCAAAGGUUUUACCAUUCAUUACAACUCUCGAUCUCUCCAACAACACUCUCACAGGCCAAAUCCCUCCAGAGUUUUCUAAACUUGAACGCAUCAAGGAAUUUAGUGUCGCUAACAAUAGAUUGUCAGGAGCCGUGCCUGUAUUUUCCAAUACCAGUUUCCCUGCCGAAAGUUACGCAAACAACUCAGGACUUUGUGGAGGUCCGAUGAACGCCUGCAGCAACGACAAUGAUGAUCUUUUUUUUCCAGGGUUUGCAGUCGGAUUUCCUAUUUCUACAAUAUUGAGCAUGUUGUUUAUGUUCUUAUGUUGGCCAAGACUGCGUAUAAGAACCAGUAGAUAUUAUCCUUUUUGGAUCAAGAAAAGAGAAAGGAGGACGCAUCACCUCAUUCCAAGAAAUCCCCAAGUCUUAUUUGCAGAGAAUGUUAGCAGCAUGGAGACGAAGGUAAGUGCAAUGGAAAAGUUUAUCUGCCGAUUUAGAUUGAUGGAACUUGAAAUGGCCACCAACGAUUUUGACAACAAAAAUGUCAUUGGAUACGGAAACAUGGGACUCAUGUACAAGGGAGAGUGUCCAAAAUGUUGUAAAUCAAAAGACACGCAAGGAAACCGACAAAUAAUAUUGUGAAUUAUAUGUCGAUUAGUUGCGAAUAAUAAAUUCAAUUAUUAUUAUAUUACCGAGUUUCGUCC